AUGUACAGUGUUGUGAGAGGCGAAACAGGGGCUUGGGGUAUUGAAGGAUACGAAGUCCCCAAGAAGUAUUGCGACCCUCUAAAGCAAGUCUAAGAAAGAGAGUUCUUUGCAGGCAAAUUAAAGAAACCUCCCACAAUUACAAAAAGAGGACAUUUUUUAGAUGACAUUGCCAAACCAUUUAGAAAUCGUAAGGUCCCUGUGCAAUAUAAUGUUGAAUACAAGUGGGUAAACGAGAAAGAUAAGGAAAGAAAAAGAUCGAAAAGUGAAUUACUCAAGAGAAAUACAUUCAUAGAUGAUAUAUUCCUCCAGAAUACUAAACAAAACUACCCUAAACCUGGGCCAGGAAAGUAUGAUGAGAAUAGAUCCAUUGAGAAUCAAGCUAAAAAAUGGAAUGGCAAAGCUAAAAUUCAAUAUGGAGACAAACCAGACUUCGUUUAAGACUAUUAACACUUAGGAGCUGUCUUACCAGCAGGUCCAGGCAGCUAUAAUCCACACCCUAUCCUACCCAAAUUAAAACACAAUAAUACAAAUCCAAAGGUUAUGAUUGCUAAACAUAAAGAUUUUGAUAAGUUUAAGCUAGAAAUGAUUAAAAAUUAUCCUAAACCAGAUUGUACUAAAUAUAAGCCAUAUCCUGUUGAUUAUAAUACAUUCGGUAGAUCUUUAGAAUUGCUCUAUGAUAAAAAAAAAAUAGAGCCAGCCAAAAUUAAAUAUUGGGGUAAUCCUUCUAAACCAGUGACAAGAAAUAAGUCAGAGGCAAAGAUUCCUCCCUAAUAUAACUUAAUUGCUUAUUGGCCUGGAAAAGAUGAUGGAAGUGCUAAGAAUAAAGAGCAGAAAAAAUUUAAUUGGAUGAAUAAAGUCACAAAAGGAAUUUAAUCAUCAAUAUAUUAUUGA